ACUCGCUGACACAUCUCCAGCCAAUCACCACCCCGUGCGCAGAGUGGGGGAUGCCUCGCUAUCCGAGUCACGCUGAUGUGGUCCAUUGUGAGCGUUCUAGGACAUUAUGUGGAUGCCUAUCGCGCGUUCUCUUGCUUUUGCGUAGGAUAUUGCAGCCAUAGUUUAUUUUGCAAAAUUAUUAUAACGGAAAAAUAGCUUGCUUAAUUAGCCAGGGCCAUUUGCCAACUUUACGGGAUAUAAUUUUGAAAUAACAGCUUAUGACAGAACUGAAAAAAUCAGUGUUUACAUGUGAAGUGAUUUAAAUGCAAUGAAACUCCACCCCAGGAGCGACGUGGAAAACAUGGUUUGACUAGAGACCAUUCUAAUUCAUUCUGUCUGCUUCGGUGAGCGACAACUGUAUGGAUACGCUAGGCAUUAGUUUAAAAGCGCAAUACAAACACGCUGUAUGAAAUCACUGCGCUUUUUUGAGCUUAUCGCGCUGUUCGGCCUGGAUUUGUAAUAAAUGAGAGCUUAAAGCUGAUUCCGCUGAAACGAAAUGAAAGACGCUCGGGAAGUGCUUCUUUAGGCGCCACUCCAAGCAUUCUGAGCCCGCCUGUCCAUUUUCUACCUUCCUUGACAUAUGCCUCUCUCCGGACUGUUCAUUGCUGUGCAUACCAUCUCACAGUUCGGAAUGUAAGGAUUGCACGCGACAGUUUUGAAUAUCGAAACAAUACAAGGGGAAAAUCGUUUGUUUUGGAUUUGUUCAUCGAAUAUUGUCGCUCAUAAAAGGACUUUUGGCGCUCUGGCUUGGCGAGUCCGUCCCUCCCUUACCCCCUCCUCCCUGCCCUCCUCCUUCUCCUCCCACGACUGUCAUGCCCAGCGCGCCCCGCGCUGCCCGGGCCCUGCACCCUCCCCAGUCCCAGCCCCAGCCCCAGUAGGAUGCCCAGGCUCGGCCAGGCUCGUCCUCCACCCUGCUGCUUCGCCCGCCGCCGCCUCUCCUCUGUCCAGACUCCGCCCGGCCGGCGGCCGCGGUGCCCCCUGGCUGCUGCACCAUGAGGGAUGAGGUGAUCGGCACCAACGCGCUGGCAUGGCUGGUCUGCUCGGGCGUGUCCAUCCUGGCCAACGCCUGGGGCAUCCUGAGCGUGAGCGCCAAGCAGAAGAAAUGGAAGCCGCUAGAGUUCCUCAUCUGCACGCUGGCCGGAACGCACAUCCUCAACAUGGGCAUCCCCAUCACCAUGUACUGCGUCAUCACGCUGCGGCGCCAGCACUCCAGCUACGAGUGGAACGAGGGCCUCUGCAAGGUGUUCGUCUCCACCUUCUAUACCCUCACGCUGGUCACCUGCUUCUCCAUCACCUCGCUCUCCUACCACCGCAUGUGGAUGGUGCGCUGGCCUGUCAAUUACAGACUGAGCAACACUAAGAAGCAGGCGGUGCACACGGUGAUGGGCAUCUGGAUGGUCUCCUUCAUCCUGUCCACGCUGCCGGCCGUGGGCUGGCACGACACCACCGAGCGCUUCUACACACACGACUGCCGCUUCAUCGUCACGGAGAUCGGCCUGGGCUUCGGCGUGUGCUUCCUGCUCCUGAUCGGCGGCAGCGUGGUGAUGGGCGUGGUCUGCAUCGGCAUCGCCCUUUUCCAGACCUUCUCGCUGCAGGCGGGCCACUGCGCCGACAAGAACAAGUUCAACGUGCCCACCAUCGUGGUGGAGGACGCGCAGGGCAAGCGGCGCUCGUCCAUCGACGGCUCGGAGCCUGUCAAGACCUCGCUGCAGAUCACCUACCUGAUCAGCGGCAUCGUCUUCAUCUACGACUUCCUCACCGGCUUCCCCAUACUGGUGGUGAGCUUUGCGAGUCUGAAGUACGACCGCUCGUACACAUGGAUGGUGCUGUGCGUGCUCUGGUGCUCCAUUGCCCAGUCCAUCCUGCUGCCCAUGUUUCUGUGGGCCUGCGACCGCUACCGCGCCGACGUCAAGAUGGUGUGGGAGAAGUGCGUGGCCAUCAUGUCCAAUGACGACGUGGACGAAGAAAACAGCCAGGAUGGAGCCUUUCAUCCGGACUUAAUUUAUGACAGACCGUAUGACUAUAGCCCGGGGCCCGAUAUCAUGACGAUAGACCGUAUUGCCAAGUACGAAUUCUCAACCUUAGAAAGGGGUGUGCCCCAGGGUUAUCCAUUGAGGGAACAUCAGGAAGAUAAAAUGCAGUACUUGCAGGUGCCCCCUACAAGAAGAUACUCCCACGACGAAACCGACAUGUGGACCAGCGGCCAGAUCCCCUCUUACCUGCACCGCUGGGGCUCCACGGAGGACAUCAUUGGGAUCCAGCAGUACAGCUCGUCACGCCACCACGAUCGCCGGAGAGGCAGCUUGGUGUCCUACCAUGAGGAGGGCGGCCCCUACCGCAAGCGCCGGCGCUCGGAGGACAGCGGCUACGCACUCCGGGGCCUGCCGCGCGUGGCCGUCCUGUCCGGCAGCGGUGGGGGCAUGUGCGGCGAGCGGCACGAGGACGACUUCCUCAAGUGUUUCGGACGUGACGAGGUCAUCAGCUUCAUCGACGAGACGCCGCUGGCCAGCCCCAUGAAGAGCUCGCGCCGCGCCUCCGCCAUCUCGCUGCUGCCCGAGGGUUUCGAGGCACCGCGGGGGAGCAGCCAGCACGCCGUCAUCCUCUACCCACACUUCCCCCUCACCAACUUCGAGCGCGAACCGCAGGCGCUGCGCCGCCUCUCGGACCACGGCAGGAUCUGCGCUCUCACUGAGCUCCCCCAGGACCACGGCGGCAGGGCCACUGGAGGAGGAGGAAAGGGAAGCGGUAGCCGGCGGAGCAGCAGGGUGGAGGGAAGUGCCGGCGGGCCCUCUAGUGGGGCUGGAAACGGAAGCGCCGGAUCUUCGGGUGGAACCGGGACCUGUGGCUCGGGGAAGGGCUGCUCCCUGAGAGACCCGAAGUGUGCGGCCCAGGACGCGGGCCCUCACGGGGCGCACCCUCACAGCCCGCAGGCCGAACAGGCACUCGCACCCCCCAGCCAGAGGCACAGGACCGGCCCGGGGGACGGCGGGGGCGGCUGGGAGGCCGAGCAGAAACUCCUAAUGAAAAUGGAGAGCAAAGGAAGCACAAAUAGUUUUAUAAGCUCACCCUCUGCCUCCUCGUCGGGCUACGUCACCUUCCACUCCGACUCCGUCGGCUCCACCACCUAGGUGCGGGUGUAAAGCUUUUCACUCUCGCUGUUCGUUUUACUUUUGACUAUUAUUGCUUUUACUGAUACCGCUGUUAUGAUUCAAGUGGAAUGUUUUUGUAUUAUGAGCACAGCUAAAAUCUGAGAGAGUGAAGAGGACAUACAGAGUUUACAGAGUUUCUCCUGUGUUAGAAUCAGCAGACCAUGCUCCGGGGUCUCUCGAACAUCAGCCAGGUCCAAAAAGGAGUAAAGCAGUACUGACCUUAGUGCUUUGUGUGUGUCAUUUAGACAUUUACUUUAAAUCCUUUAAAGACCAUGCACAGUAUAAAGAUGGAAUAGAAGUUUCUAGAGAAGAUUGUUGGCAGUCAACUCUCCAUUCUCUCUCUCUCUUUCUUUUUGUUUUGCUCAGUUCCCACUUCAUUUUAGCUGUUUAGCUGUUUGUUUCUCUUGGACAGGGAGGUCUUGUUUUUUGCCAGUGUUGUGUUAUUAUUUUGAUAAUUGAAUAAAUGUCCAAGAAAUUCUGAAAUAUGUGUUUUUUCACAUAGUGGUUCAGUUUUAAAGUGUUCGCAAUGUUUUUCUUCUUUCUGCAAGUUGUUGCAGAAAAAAACAACUGCCCAUAGUUGUUUAAUGUCCCAGACUGCCCUUGUUGGCUUCUUUCUUGUCCCUUAUAUGUUGGGUCAUAAUGUCAAAAAUAAAAAUGUAAAUGUGUUGUAAUUAUUUAAUACAAGAUCAUUUCCCCCCCUUGUAUUCAUGUUAAAAGUAGACCUUGUUGGUAUUGGAUUGUCAAUAAGGAUUUUCAUAUUGCACUCGCAUAGUUUCACCAUGAUUUGACCUCUGAUGUGUAGAGAGGGAAAGAGUGAGAGGAACCCACAGAGCCUGCUGUGUGUCUGAAACUAGGGACAGUGACCAAGGACUUUAUUGACCCUGAGGAGGUCAAGGCUGAUAGCUUAAUUUCCCUACAGUAAGUGUGUUUAUUAUUUACAAUUGCCCAGAUAUUUCAGGUCACAAUCGAAUGGCUUUCUGCUAUAUUAAAAAAAAUAUCUUGUAUGUAAAAGUUUAAGAUGUGACAUUUGCAUCUGAUGGCAUGGUGUAUUGUUAUUAUGAUUUCAUUAUUCAGGAUGUUAGGAUUCUCUGACGUCCAUCUUUAGAAACUGUUAAUUAAGAGUUGAGAGCUAUGACUCCUAGCUGGGCAUCAGCUGCCAGCAUGCACGGGUGUACAUAUAGGCUAUACUCUGCCAAAUACUGUUGUGAAACUCACCAAUGGUGCUCAAUGCAAGUGCAGCUGAGUUGAACUGAUCUUUCGGGCAUUGAAGAUUUGCUUUUGGAUUCCACACUCUGCCAUCUACGACAUAUUGACUAGCCAGAGUCUUCCUCAUUCUGUAACGAUUACCAAGUCUUAUUAAACAUUUACGACUAAACUGGGCAAUAUUAUAGCCAUUGCAACAUUCCAUCAAGAUUUAGAAAAUGAGUCAAGUAAUCUACCAGAAUAAUGGGUAUUAUCGUUAAAUGAAUGUAUUUACAAUGAUAUUCUGUUUGGGCAAGACAAUGAUUCACGAGAGAAAAUAAGGUAGAACAACAAAAUCAAUACUGCCUGCAACUUGAAAAGUACCCAGAGUAACCUGUUGGUAGCCUUAUGUUGUCUGUGGGAACAUUUCUUCUUUACUCUUGGCAUUGUUCAAAUGAUGAUGAUACAAUGAUGUAGCACUGUCAGAUUUUGUUAAGCACUUUGACAUGUAAAAUGAAACAUUUGGCCAUAUCGGUUUUUUUUUUUGUUUGUUUGUUUGUUUGUUUCAGCGGAGGUCUGAGAUUUUGUGAGAUCUGUGCGUUCCAGUUUACAUUUUUCCGUACACCACACUUUGAUUACAUAAUGCACAUAUAUAAACACUUCUAUUUUUAAAAAUCUAUAUGUUUGAAAAUUAUUAUUUGAAAUUAGAAUUCGUUUGUUUUGUUGAAAAUAUCAGAGCGUAAUUUUGUAACAUAUCCUCUGUUCAAAAUACUUUUGUCAAACUAAUGGACGAUGUUUGAUGUUAUGUUGCUGAAAUUAUGACUUUGCUUGGAGUAAUUACAUUUACAUGAAGAGAAACUCGACUUUUGUUUAAUUGUUUGCAGUGUGUUUGCGUUUGUACAAUGGAAAUAAUCAAUCCUGGCGUUUUGCCUAAUUCUGAGACAAGUGUACAUCAGGAAAAUGAAAACGGAAGUGUACAUCAACCGUUUAUGAGAAUAUUCGCCUCUCGUUUUUAAUGAUGCCAACACUUUUUGAAAUACUACCGAAAAAAAUCUGUAAGGUAAGAAAAAUAAAAUAAAUCUUUCAAGAAA